CUUGUUUCAAACGCGCAAGAAACCUUUUUUUUCUUUUUCUUUUUCUUUUUUAUGUUCUUUACCCCCUCUCAAAGGGACUCUUUUUUUUUUUUUUUUCCUUUUUAUGUUUGCGAUUGGGACUCUGCAAACAUUAGCUUAGGGCAAAGCACAUUUUCUCUGUCACUGUGUUCAAAGAAUCAAAACCCUAUUGAUUUUGCAGAAAGACGUUCUACACCCCAUGGACCUGCUCCGAUCCAAUCUCUCCCGGGUACGGAUCCCGGAGCCCACCAAUCGCAUCUACAAGCAAGAAUGCUGCCUCUCUUUCGACACGCCGAGAUCAGAAGGUGGGUUGUUUAUCGACAUGAAUACAUUUCUUGCUUUUGGGAAGGACUGUGUUGCUUGGAAUUACGAGAAGACUGGGAACCCGGUUUAUUUGCAUUUAAAGCAAAUAAGAAAGGCGGUUCCCGAAGAUAGGCCGUCGAAAAAACCGACUCUCUUGGCUAUAGGUGUUGAUGGAGGAUUUGACAACAGUGAAUCUGAAUAUGGAGAAACUCUCACUAUAGUCAUAUUACCCGAUUAUGUUACUCUUCCAUUUCCUUCGGUUGAGUUGCCAGAGAAGGUUAGAUUGGCCGUUGAUGCUAUCUUGAUGGCUGAGGGUGCCGAGCGGAAAGAGCAAGUUGCAGCUUGGAUAGCUGAUAAGAAACAAACAAGUCCCUAUGCGGUGAAUUUGCUACAGAUUGACAAUGGUGUCAUUAUCCCUCCAUCUGGGUGGAAAUGUGCAAAGUGUGAUAAAAAGGACAAUCUUUGGUUAAAUCUUACCAAUGGAAUGAUCCUUUGUGGGAGAAGAAAUUGGGAUGGUACUGGUGGCAACAAUCACGCCAUUGAACACUACAAGGAGACAGGCUACCCUCUUGCUGUAAAGCUUGGGACAAUUACAGCUGAUUUGGAAGCAGCAGAUGUUUUCUCUUACCCAGAGGAUGAAAGUGUUCUGGACCCUCUGUUAGCAGAGCAUCUAGCACAUUUUGGCAUUGAUUUUUCUUCAUUACAAAAGACUGAAAUGACAACUGCUGAGAGAGAACUGGACCAGAAUACUAAUUUCGAUUGGAACCGUAUCCAAGAAAGUGGACAGGAAGUGGAACCACUAUGUGGACCGGGUUAUACUGGACUUGUCAAUCUAGGAAACAGCUGCUACUUGGCAGCAACUAUGCAAGUCGUGUGUUCAACACGUUCUUUCUGUUCACGAUACUAUAUGACCCAAAGUUUAAAAAUGGCUUUUGAGAUGGCUCCUGCUGAUCCAACUGUAGACCUUAAUAUGCAGUUAACUAAGCUGUCGCAUGGUUUACUAUCCGGUAAAUACUCUAUUCCAGCACUGGAGAAAGAUGAUAAUGCAAAUGCUACCUCAACCACAACCGCUAAACAGGAAGGUAUACCCCCUCGAAUGUUCAAGGCAGUUAUUGCUGCUAGCCAUCCUGAAUUCUCUACGAUGAGACAGCAGGAUGCCCUGGAAUUCUUCCUGCAUUUGCUUGACCAAGUUGAACGAGCUAAUGCUGCGAACCCUGAAUUGGAUCCUGCAAGGAGCUUCAAGUUUGGUAUUGAAGAUCGAAUAUUAUGUUCAUCUGGAAAAGUUACUUACCAUAGAAGGCUUGACUACAUCCUUUCACUAAAUAUUCCAUUGCAUGAGGCUACUAAUAAAGAAGAUCUCGAAGCAUUUCAGAAAUUCAAAGCAGAAAAGAUUUCAGAAGGGAAGGAAGUAUCCAGUGAUGAAAUUGUACGUCCAAGGGUGCCUCUAGAAGCAUGCCUUGCAAGCUUUUCAGCUCCGGAGGAGAUACAUGAAUUUUACAGCACUGCCUUGAAGGCUAAGACAAUGGCAGUCAAGACUGCAGGUCUGACUUCGUUCCCUGAUUACUUGGUGUUGCACAUGCGCAAAUUUGUUAUGGAGGCGGGCUGGGUGCCAAAAAAGCUUGAUGUCUACAUUGAUGUUCCUGAUAUCAUAGAUAUCAGUCACAUGCGCAGCAAGGGUCUUCAACCUGGGGAAGAGCUAUUGCCAGAUGGCGUUCCAGAGGGUGACAUAGAAACAAAUAAGCCCUUGCCAGAUGAGGAUAUUGUUUCUCAGCUUGUCUCAAUGGGAUUCAACCAUCUUCAUUGUGAGAAAGCUGCCGUAAGGACUUCAAACACUGGUGUUGAAGAGGCAAUGAAUUGGUUACUUUCUCACAUGGAUGAUCCAGAUAUCGAUGUUCCUAUUUCCCAAGAGGCAGAAGGUGCUGAGGCUUUGAGCCUUGACCAAUCAAAAGUUGAUACUUUGAUUUCAUUUGGUUUUCAAGAAGAAAUUGCUAGAAAAGCACUGAAGGUUUCAGGUGGUGACAUCGAGAAAGCAACAGAUUGGAUUUUUAGCAAUCCUGAACCUUCUGCUUCAUUGGAUCUGGAUGCUACCACAUCAAACACUGCACCUACUCCCACUGGUGCUGGACUGCCUGAUGGAGGAGGGAGGUAUAGACUGAUUGGAAUAGUUAGCCACAUUGGAACCUCCACUCAAUGUGGUCACUAUGUCGCUCACAUCUUUAAAGAAGGUAGAUGGGUUAUUUACAAUGAUGACAAAGUCGGUGCCUCGGUGAAUCCUCCCAAAGAUAUGGGGUAUCUAUAUUUCUUUGAGAGGCUUAACAGUUGAGUGACAUCUGGCACAUUAGGAAAUUCCAAUCCACAGAAAAUAGGUACUAUGAAGUCUCAUAGAAUCUGGACUAUCACCAAACUCUGUUUUUGGGUUGUAGAGCAUUUGCGGAUAUAGAGGACUUUUUUUUAAUAGACAUUAUAAUCAAUUAUU